UGACCUUCAAGUUCAUCUCACGUCGCAGCCUCGAAUUCCUUUUCUCUUCCCAUUUCUCCCACACUCCCACAGACCAACCUCACCCCCCAGCCACCUUCUACCUCCUCGCAUUUUUCUUGCCUGUUCUCUUCUCAUGUAACACCAGUUCUUUGUUGAUUGCGACUCCUUUCGCGCGCUAUGGACAUGGACCAUCUCAUAGGUCAGAGGUUCAACCUCAUCUCUAAAAGCGAGAUCCGCUACGUUGGCACUCUCCACGAAAUCAAUCCUGAACAAUCAACCAUCGCGUUGGAAAAUGUUUAUUCGUUCGGCACAGAAGAUCGCCAGGUCGAAAAAUUCGUCCCUCCCUCACAACAGAAAUAUGGCUUCAUUGUCUUCCGUGGAAGUGAUGUCAAAGACAUUAAGAUUGCAGAAGAAGAGCCAACACAACCUUCGCCGCCUCCCAGCAUGCCCAAUGAUCCCGCCAUACUGAAUGCUUCUCGGCCUGGUCCCCCGCUUGACGGUCCUCCUCGCGAUUCCCCCUUCUCCCCGCCAGGUUACCCUCCCCACCCUGGCUUUGGCGGCUUCUACCCCCCUCCUGGUCAAUUUGGUCGUGGUUAUGGUCCUCCCCCUGGUGGGUUUGGGCCUGGUCCAGGCUUUCCGCCUUAUGGCCCGCCUCCGCCAGGAUAUUUUGGUCCUCCAGGAGGCCAAGGCUUCCCUCCUGGUCCGGGUCCUCAGCCUUUUCAGCAUAGCCAGCCUCCCAUUGGACAUCCUGGACAGCGAAACAACAUUCCACCACCUCCGCCACAAUCUCAUCAAGCUCCCGAACCCAGGCUACCCACCCCUGCUCCCUCCUCCAACCUGACAUCCGAACUACCUGACAACAAGGCCGCAAAGUCAACUACACCAGUACCACCCAAAGACGUUCCGACCACUGCGCCUGCACAGGCGAAACCCUCACCAGCAGCUCCUGCGGUCAAAGCUGCCACAACAACCACUGCCGCGCCUCCAGUACAAGCACCCGCCGGGCCAAAGAGCAAUCGAGUCACUCCGGCAGUGCCCUUUCAAGUCAAUCAGAAAUCGUUCACGCCUCCAGUCCAACCUACCACAGCUCCAGCGACCAAUGGUUCUUCUGCAUCAAACCCUUCAAAGCCGAUUCCAUCCCAAGCGGCGAUGGAUGAAGCUGCCCGGCAGGCAAAGGAGGCGGUUGCGGCAGCAAUGGCCAAGUUAAACCCGCAGGCAACAACAGCACAGUCAAAGCCUACGCCGUCAGCUGCAGCAGUUGACGCUCUUUCCAAAAGAGUCGCAGAAAUGUCCACUUCCACCGGUACCACCAACGGCACUGGACGAGGUGGAAGAGGUGGACCCCGAGGUGGUCGGGGUGGCUCGUAUCCUCGCGGCGGUGCUGGUUCGAAGAAGAUCGAAAUACCCAAAUCAGACUUCGAUUUCGAAUCCGCGAAUGCAAAAUUCAAGAAAGAAGACCUUAUCAAAGAGGCAAUCGCUUCUGGAUCUCCUCCUGUUCCUGGAUCAGAUGAAACCGCUCCUGCAGAAUCAGGUGAGGACAAUACGGCCACUGCAGCACCGGAAAGAAAAGACAGCGUACCUGGCUCUGGAGCAGCGUACAACAAGUCAACAUCAUUUUUUGACAAUAUCUCAUCCGAGGCUAAAGACCGUGAACAAGGCCAGGAUGGCCGUGCGCUUGCUCGACAAGUGCGAAGUGAAGAAUUCAGAAAGAAUAUUGAGACGUUCGGACAGGGCAAUGUAGACUCUGGAUUCCGUGGACGAGGCAGGGGAGGAUAUGGCCGAGGCAGGCCGUACGGUGGCACCUAUCGUGGUGGUUACAACCGUGGAUAUGGAAAUGGCGGUUAUCGUGGAAACAGAGGACGCGGUGGACAAGGACAGGGCCAGGCUCAGCAGUCUCAGGCUCAGGCUCCCGGUGAUCAGUCCGCGGCUGCAUAGUCGUAGAUGCAGUGGAGGAUCUCACUCCGUCGAAAGCUUCCUUACUGCAGCAAGCAGUAUGGCAGUGUCGUGGACCAGCGUUGGGCCACCUCUCACGCCAUGUCAGUCGAUGCCAGUGAUGCCAACAAUGCCAACGACGAGAGGAUCAACACAGGGGUCUCUCCGUCUAGCUAUGAAUUCAUGUGUUGACGACGUGGAAAGAGCAGAAGAGCAGAGAAAUCAAUCAUGACUCUUCACGAUACAUUGGGCGGACAAAUCCCAAAGCGGGGUCUUCUCACGUCUGUUUUGUUCAAGUUCAGAACUUGAAUAGACAGAAAGAGUACCAAAUCUCCCCAAACUGAGAUCCGAAUGGGUUGUAUCGACUGGAUCCAGUAUCUGCUGAACAGUAAACAACAAUGCCGCGACGAUUACUCAGGCCUUUUUAUGCUGUA